AAAGGGAGAGAGACACCGAGUAAGUGAGGGAGGGGGAUUAUAGGGAGGAAAAGGCGUUUCCAUUCUCAAACCGGCGAGACAGUCAGUAUAACACACGGGCACGACCGACAGACCGAGCGGAGAUAACCGAAAUAAAUCACAUCGGUUUAUAAUCACAGUGAAUAUAAUCACAUCGAGAUCUGCUGAUGUUUUCACUCUGAACUGAACUGAAAGCGUGAAGCGGACCUCAGCCGUCAUCACACCCGGGAACACAACACAACAUCAUCACCAUCAUCAUCAUCAUCAUAAAAUAUGUCGGAGUACAGCUCACUGUUGAGUGACCUGUCUGACAACAUCACUAAUGAAGACCUGGAGCAGCUGAAAUCAGCCUGUAAAGAGGACAUCUCUGAAGAUCAGAGCAACUCCAUCACCUCCUCCAGAGACUGGUUCACCUACCUAGAGAAAAAUGACAAACUGACACAAGAUGACUUAACUUACAUCGAGCACAUCUUUGAGAUCUCAAGGCGACCUGACCUUCUGACCCGGGUCAUUGAGUACCGCACGACAGUGCUGAAGAUCUCUGAAGACGAUGAGAUUGACACCAAACUUACACGCAUCCCCUCUGCCAAGAAAUACAAGGAUAUCAUUCGCCAGCCGUCAGAAGAUGAGAUCAUCAAACUGGCCCCUCCGCCAAAAAAAGCAUGAGGUUAAAGUUUAUGUCUUCUGCUCCCUGGCACUUCAUCAUGCCCGUCGUCAUCACUAAACCACACCCACUGCCGCGCCCACUCCAUCACCCACAGUGCAGAAGCCAAGCAGCCAAUCAGAUUGCCAAGAUGCUUUACAGCUACAUGCCCAAGCCACGGAGGCACACAAAUUAUGGAAAUUUAGGAUGAAAAAGAAGCCAUGGACAAAAAGACAAAAGUACAGUUGCAUUUGUUAAGUGAAGGGGUCCAUGUUGUAUGUGUGUGUGUGUGUGUUGAAUGAAAACAUUGUGUUUAUUCACGCUUGUUUGAGAGAGAGAGAGAGAGACAGAGAGAGAGAUUUGAUUUAAAGAAGUUGGUCAGACCAACCUGAUAAGAAGUUUGUCGUUUCUUGACGUGCCACCGGGCUAAAUGGUGUGAAUCUAGAAGAGAUUAUGCAUUUAGAUGCUCCUUAAGCCACACUGACUAUAUAGCUAGUAAUGUGGGUAUACCUGAGGUCAGUACAUUCCCUUUAAAAAGGAAAAAAAAAUAAAAGAGUCAAUAACUGUUUGAAUUUUGAAUUAAUCUUUGAUUUUGUGCGAUUGCCACAUAGAAAGCCAAUAUUUGCCUUCUUUAGAUAUCUAAUGCAUUAUUUCAGGGUAUGCAAUUACCUACAUACAGUAGAUAAAUUCAUAUUGCUUUUUAUAUUUCUGUAUUUCCUAAUCAAAGAAAAGAUAGUUUAUUAUAUUCAGGAUCAAUCUUAGACAAAUAUCAUUAUAAAUGAAGGUUGUUAUAGAUGUCUGUCUCGAGGGUAAAAUUAGGCGAUACCCCCUACAUCAUAAAUCAGUAUAGCAAAAAUAUCCACAGACAAAAUUAGCUAAAAAUGCAAAAGUAUGUUUAUAUUAACUUUCUAGCUCCAUGACUGCAGUAUUUGCAUUAGUAAAUAGAAGGCAUAUAUUUUUUACUAAAACUAAAACUGUGAAUUAUUUCAAUGUCUCAGAAUGCUAUUAUGUGAAACAUUAGGAUGCUGUUUUCAGUCUAUAGAGAGGACGCAAAACUACAAAUGAAAUAAAAAAUAUAUUUAAAAUAGGUUAAACAUAUAAAUGUACAUCUACAGCACUCUACAUGGCCAAAAAUCUGCAUGCAUCUCUGAUUGCUAACGUAUAUCAGAGAUCCAAACAGUGCAUCAUUUAUACCCUUUUUUUCUGUUUGUACCUUUGUUCCUUUAUCGUAAAAGUGUAUUUUAAUAAGCAAGUAAAGGAUAUAAACAUCCAUCUUCAUCCAUUUUAACACAGCAGGAUCAUGCUGUGGUUAUAAAUAUGAAUAUUAAUGACUGUUUGAACUCGAAAUGUGCUUGAUCACUGUGCGUCACAUAGCUCAGCCUUAGACUGUUGUUUUCACUUUAUAAAUGCGACCGCAUUUCCACCUGCGCAUGAGAGCAGCAUGCAUCAUUCAGUUACUGUAUCGUCUGUGACUCCAAAUGAUGUUUUGUUAGUUUGAUGAAGAGAUGCGGACGGGCACCGUUACUUUAAUCCCUUACUGCUCACUUUGAAAUGAAAGUCUGUAACAUUUAGAAAAGCUCACUGUUGCUGUUUUUAAAUGUAGAGAUCAGAGGAGUAAAAUCGUCUUGCAACAUCUAAAAGAUAAUGUUGCCACCUUAAAUAAAUCCCCAAAUUAAACGUACUUAACCUCAAGUCAUUGCAAAACUGUUUGAGUAUAUCAGUGAAAGUGAAUGGGGACUAGAGAUGUAAAUCACACACACUACUACUACUACUCUCAUAUUUCUGUGAAGCUCCUUUGCUAUAGAAAUUAAGAUGAAUGUUGUUCUUCACACAAGGCCGCAGGUCAUUAUUCACUUUCAUUGUAUACUGUUAAACUUUUGUCUCUUGUAAUGACGUGAGGCUGAGUAAAUGAUGAAUUCUGAAACUUAUUUUAACACUUCUCAAAGCAUUUCAAUCCAGAUAUUCACUGUACAAAAAGUCAGAAAAGAUCCCCUCACUUUGAAAACAGAUUGUACAUUAUAUUUAUUCUAGAGCGGUUUUGUUUUUAUGUGUUGUUGUAUUGAUGUUUCUCGAUUGUGUAUAGUUAUCAUCUUGUGAAUUUUGCUGUUUGUGACAUUGUGACUGUGGUAAUGUUCCUGAGGUAGUUUGUCUCCCUGGACACGUGUGGCCAAAACUCUUUAAAAUCGCUCUCAUAAGAUAAACCAUCACCGGUCUUUUCUUUAUAUACGUUCGGUCGAUUUGUUCAGUGAUGUUAUGGUUGUUUAUGUUUGUUAUUAUCUUGUGUUUAUCAGGAAUUCAGCACCUGAAUCCUCUGCUAUAGGUCAGCUCUCUAUAUGCUAUAGCUCAGUGCUUCCAAAUCCUGGUCCUCGAGUACCCACUUCCAGAAAGUCUCCUUAUUUAAAACCCUUAUCACCCUCUUUCCAAAAUGGUAAACAUGUCUCACUAACAAAUUGAUGAGUUAAAUCAGAUGUGUUAAAUAAGGAGACAUCCAAAACAUUCUGGGAGGGGGUCCUCAAGGCCAAGAUUAGGAAACAGUGCUAUAGCUAGUUUUCCGUACAACUUCCCCAAAUCAGAAACUAAGGGCUUGGAAUGUCCUCGUAUCACUUACGAUGGUUAUUGUUUCAGCAGGUGCUCAUAUAGUUUUGUCUGUAUUAGUGGGCUGUUUUAAGCACUGUGCUUUGCGUUUACAGUAAUUUCAUUGGGUGGUCUUAUGAAAUCCAUCCCCCGGAGCAUUCAAGAAGCCAUAUGGCAUACUUAGUCACCCAUAAUAAUAUGAAUUUUCUCAUCUACAAGGAAAUACGAAGCUUUUUUCUCUUUACAAUGUCUUUCCUCUAUGCAGAGAAUAUUUGGCACUGUGCAUGCAUGUGUGUCGCCUCUUGCGCUUGGAGACACAUUUUGUCAUUAUUAACCACUAUGUGCAAUCCUCCACACUAUUCUGUGUUUGGCCAAACAAAAUGGUGUGAAGACAUAUAAUCUGUCAUUUGAUUGUCAAAUUGGAUGUCACGGUAUUAAAAAACAUAUCAGCCUUGAUGAUGCUGCAAAAGCAAGAAAAUGCUCAAGAUUCAUCAUUAUUGGCAUAACAGGAACACCGAAUCUCUAGUGUUUUAUUUAGUCUUAGUUUAAAUACGAGCAGAAAAGCACUGCGAUCUAAUGAAAACUGAAGAUAAACAAAACAUUUAAUCAUGAAAACUGUUAAGAAAUGUCUGGGUCACAUUUCACCCCAACACCAAGAGAAAACACGAAAUGAAGUUUUGCAUAUAGAACAGAAGCACGUUUCGGAUUUUUGACGUCACGGUUAAAUUCUUAUGCGAUGUGAAAUGAAUUAACGUCACGGUUAAAACCUAAUGUAAUGUGAAAUUAAUAAUUUUUUGGUUCACGGGGUAAGAAUGACGUUUAAAGACAUUACAGAUGUGUGGUAAUGCAGGCGUAACUUUCUACGCAAAAUGUUUUCUUUCGACUGGGGUGAAAUGUGACCUGCGCAUUUCCAUGUGAGAAUAAUUUGUUGUUAAUGCAUUAAAAAGUUUGUUCUGUACUUAAGUUGUACAUAUAAAGUAUAUUGUGGAUUUAUA